GUGUUAUGUGUUGCCGAGAAACCAUCAAUUGCAAAAUCUGUAGCGCAAAUCUUGUCUUCUGGACAACCAACCAUUGUAAGAGAAAUGCUUACAUAUUAUAAGAAUUUUACCACUUUAGUGAUAUUAACAGAGAAUUCCAAAAUUCAGCGUUUUACAGGCAGCAAAUAUGUCAGAAAUUAUGACUUUAGUUGCAAGCUUCGUGGAAAUCAAUCGGUUAGAGUCACGAUGACAGCUGUUCUUGGACAUCUGUUGUCAAGCGAUUUUUCUUCCGAAUAUAAAUUAUGGGAUAAAGUAUCUCCUCUGACACUGUUUGAAGCGCCAAUCGUAAAAUUUGUAACAAAGGAUAACGAAGUCGUACGCAAAAAUAUUAUGACUGAGGCGCGUUCAUCCGUUGAAGUAAUGAUAUGGACGGAUUGUGAUCGUGAAGGUGAAAAUAUUGGCGCAGAAAUUGUUGAAAUAUGUCGUGAGUCAAACCCAAGUAUAAAGGUGACAAGAGCAAAAUUCUCUGCUGUAAUACCCCAACAAAUACAUCAUGCAUGGCAAACACCUACAGACUUGGAUUAUCGACAAUCAAAUGCAGUCGACGCUAGGAUGGAACUUGACUUGCGUGUUGGAGCUGCUUUUACUCGAUCACAGACAUUAGCCCUUAGAAAUCUUUUUCCGGAACUCAGUAACAACGUGAUCAGCUACGGUCCUUGUCAAUUUCCAACUUUAGGUUUUGUUGUUGACCAAUACUUCAAAGUUCAAAAUUUUGUUGCCGAGACUUUUUGGAAGAUCUAUGUGGCACUAGAGAAGGAUGGCGAUGUUGUUGAAUUUAAUUGGGAAAGACGUUGCUUAUUUGAUCGUCUGACAUGCUUGGUAAUUUAUGAGCAAUGCGUGGAGAAUCCCUUAGCAACGGUUGUUAAGGUGACGUCUAAAGAGGUAAAAAAAUGGAAACCAUGUCCAUUAACUACAGUUGAACUCUUGAAAGUCGGUUCACGAAGUUUACACAUUGCGUCUGACCGAGUUAUGAGUAUUGCCGAGAAUCUGUAUAAUAAAGGUUACAUAAGUUACCCAAGGACCGAAACUGAUCAAUUUAACAAGCAAUUUGAUUUCAAUGCUUUAAUAAAAGAGCAGGAAAAAGAUCUACAAUGGGGGGACUUUGCAAAAAAACUUUUGGACGGUGGAUUCUGUUGGCCAAGGAAUGGAAAACAUGAUGACUUUGCACAUCCUCCGAUUCAUCCAACCACAUACACUUCUGAUUUGUCAGGUGACGACAAAAAAAUAUACGAAUUCAUUGUAAGACGUUUUUUGGCAUGUUGCGCCGACAAUGCUAUAGGAAAUGAAACAAGUGUAGAGAUUAAAAUAUGGGAAGAAACCUUUACCGUCAAAGGUCUUGUGGUAUUGGCUAGGAAUUACUUGGAUGUUUAUCCGUAUGAUAAAUGGAAUGAAUGUAAUUUACCAAAUUUUCAGCAAAAUGAGACGUUUAUCCCAACAAUAUGUGAAAUGCGCGAAGGAUAUACAACUCCUCCAGAAUGUUUGACGGAGGCUGAUUUGAUUAGUAUCAUGGAUCAAAAUGGAAUUGGUACCGACGCCACUAUUCAUGAACACAUCGCAAAAAUCAUAGAGCGUGACUACGCUAAAAAAGAACAAAGAGGCGGCAAGACAUAUAUAGUUCCGUUGAAAUUAGGUAUCGCGUUAGUUGAAGGGUAUGAUUCUAUUGGAUUUGAUUUGUCACUUUCUAAACCAUUUUUGAGAAGAGAAAUGGAAUCUAGCCUAAAAUUGGUCUGCGAAGGAAGACAACAAAAAGAGGAUGUGGUUAGGAAUAGUCUUACUAAGUAUAAGGAUAUGUUCAUCAAGACAAAUCAGAAUGCUGAAAAAUUGAUUAAGGUCAUAUCCAAAUAUUUACAAAUUGUCGAUGAAAUUAAUCUUGAAGUAUUCAGGAAUAUGUUGCUCGAAGAUCAUCCCGAACCAACUCGGCCCAUUCGAAAGUGCUUUAACUGUGCAAGACAACUAAUAAUAAAAUCAAAACAAAAUGGCGGAUGGAUGAUAGGUUGUCAAGGAUAUCCCCACUGUAACGCGGGCAUUAAAGUUUCAGAAGCGGUUUCCAAUAUUGUGGUUUCGUCGGAUAGAUGUGACCGCUGUUCGCAAACUCCAGGAAGUCUAUGUUUCAAAUUAAAAGCUAAGUUUGUCAAGAGUAAAAUUCCAUCUUGGAUUCCUGAGGAAUAUUUAGGAUGCGUCGGAGGCUGCGAUGAUUUCUUCAAUGAAUACUUUACACCCAUCAAGUCAAAUCCGGUGAAACGUAUGCCUCUUUCGUCCUUAAAUCAAAAUAGUCAAACUUCU